AUGGCAACUUCCUCCACCACGGCAGACCGCAAAAAUGCUCAGAUCGACAUUGAUGACCUCGAGUUGCGGGCUCAGGGUUAUACCCGAGCGAUGCCACGACGAUUUUCCCUCCUCUCCCUCAUAUCAAUGUCUUAUGCCCUCCUUGCAACCUGGAACGGCUUUGGCAGUGCUUUCGGUACCGGCUUCAUCGAAGCCUCGUCUGCGGGUUCCAUCUGGACUCUGAUCAUCGCUGCAUUUAUGACAGCAGUCACAGGAUUCGGCAUGGCCGAGCUGUCCAGCGCGUUUCCUGUCGCUGGUGCUCAGUACUACUGGUCUUUUGUGGUCUCUUCUCCUGAAUGGGGGCCAUUUGCUUCCUACAUAUCUGCGGGUAUCAGCACAUUAGGAUGGUGGCUGGGGCUCGCCAGCGUCACAAAUUUCAUUGCGGCAAUGAUUACUGGAAUUGCUGUUCUCAAUCAUCCAGACUAUGUUAUCCAAAGAUGGCAUAUCUGGUUGGUUUUCGUGGUGGUCACCUGGUUAGCCGUUGCACUGAACGUGUUUGCGACCAGAUGGCUUCCUAUGUGGAACAAGUUCAUUCUUUACUUCUCAGCAACGUCCCUGGCGGUCACAAUGAUCACCAUUUUGGCGUGUGCCGCGCCCAACUUUCAAUCUGCCAAAUUUGUCUUCACGGAUACCACCAAUUCGACAGGUUGGCCGAAUGACGGGUUAGCCUUCCUAUUUGGGAUCGUGAACUCACUCUAUGGCUUCCUUGGUGUAGACUGUGGCGCGCAUUUAUGCGAAGAAAUCCCGAACCCGACCGUCAAUGUACCGAAAGUCAUUAUGUAUCCCGUGCUGAUGGGAUUUAUUACUGCUUUUCCUUACUCUAUCUCACUAUCAUUUGUGAUUACCGACUUUAACAGUGUCAUCUCCACCCCGACCGGACUCCCUCUUAUCGAAGUAUACUAUCAAGCUACAGGCAGCAAAGCCGCCACCUCAGUCCUCAUGGUGGCAUUUGCGAUCUGCUUCUUCGGUUGCGCUACUGCCAACAUCACCAGCGCAAGUCGCCAAAUGUGGUCAGCAUCAAGAGACAACUGUUUCCCUCUCUCGAGGUACUGGAAGCAAGUCCACCCCAGAUGGCAGAUGCCACUCAAUGCGGCAUGCUUACAAGCGACACUCGUCUCGCUAUACGGCCUGAUCUUCCUGGGUUCGUCGGCCGCAUUUUCUUCCAUGGUAGGGGCUUGCAUCGUUUUUAUGACGACAUCAUAUGUGAUUCCUCAAGGAAUUCUGGCCUGGCGUGGACGCGACAAGAUCCUUCCUCCCAGGGCUUUGGACUUGGGGAAGUUUGGUCUUCCGCUGAAUGUGCUUGCUUGCGUCUGGGUGGUCUUCAUCGACAUUAUCUACUGCAUUCCCGUGUCGUAUCCCGUCACACUCGAGAACAUGAACUGGAUCAGCGUGGUCACCGUUGGCUUGGUUUCGUUCCUUCUCGUUGCAUGGUUUACCCACCAGCGAUAUGUUUUCAAAGGGCCAAAUAUCAACUUUGAACUCCUUCAAGCUGCACGUCAUGACGAGCUUCUUGGUCAUCGAACCAUCGAAGGGAUUGCUGUUGCGGAUGACAAUGAGAUCAUUGAAGCACUGAGACAGCGCUCAAUCUCUGAGGCCAAGAAGGCAUAG